ACCAACCAUUAUUUAUCUAUCAUCAAGGAUAUGGACGAAUGCAAAUCGACUAUUACUAUUACAUACACCAUUUUAAUUUAAGCUCAUUUCAAUUACAAAUACAAAUUCUUAAAUCAGAGUUUAAACAAAUAGAAGACAAUCAGUUCACCACUCUAAUUCUGACAAAAUUUAAUGAUAUUGAUUCCAACCUAAAAAGAUUGUUACCUGUAAAGAGAGUAAAGAGAUGGAAUAGUCUAGGUACGGCAUGGAAGUUUUUGGCAGGAAGUCCGGAUGCAAAUGACUUAAAAAUUAUAAAUAACUCCAUUAAUAGCCUUAUUGUCAACAACAAUCAACAAGUUAGAAUAAACAAAGAAAUAUCACUACAGAUGAAAGAAGCUCUUUUCAAAACAAAGGAAUCCAUCAAAUUGUUCAAUUCUAAAUCUUCUGAAUUAUAUUCUCUGAACAUAUAUUUAAAUCUUGAUUUUUUGUAUAAAAAACUAUCCCAGAUAAGAGAGACAAUAAUGUUAGCGAAAAUAGGAGCUCUUAAUGAUAGGGUUUUGAGUCCAUCUGAGAUUGAUUUGCUUAUAAAUGAUUUAGCUAGGGAAAACAUAACAGUCUGGAACAUCGCUGAAGCACUGACCUAUGCCACCACCUCAAUAGUUACCAACGCCCUCGAUAUCGCUCUACUAAUAAAGCUACCAAAGUUGGAUCCAAGGAUUUUUAGAAAGAUUUUCGUUCUUCCAACAUGGUUUAAUCAUCAACAAAUCCAUGUUCCUAAUAGCUACUACCUUAACCAUGGAAAUGAGUAUUAUAUCGUUCACAGCCUGGAACCAAAGAUCUUCGAGACAACAGACAUAACACCAGAUAAUACCGCAUGUGUGCCCAACCUUCUGAAUGGAAAAUCUGCCAAAUGCGUAUACCUUGCCAACCCGAUGGAAGAAGUCGUUUCAAUCGACAAUCAACAUAUCCUCAUCAAUCUUCAAGAGAAUUUCACUCUACACACCAACUGUGGUUUACCGACAAGGAACCUCUCAGGAACAUACCUUAUAUCAUUCUCCAACUGCGAGAGGAUCUAAGGUAGACAUCCGGAUAAAGC